CAUUGGGGAUACAGCCAUAAUGAAAGGAAGGGAAGGAAGGAAGGGUGUGGAAUAAUUUCUUGGGUUUGUAUUCUGAGGAGCAUUUUGAGUUUGCUGUAAAAUAGUAAAUAGAUCACAUAGGGUACUAGUUUUUUCUGCGAGGCAACUUCAUUAAAAAAACAUGAGUAAAGCACAUCCACCAGAACUGAAGAAGUACAUGGACAAACGUUUGUCACUGAAGCUAAAUGGUGGAAGACACGUUACUGGUAUUUUACGGGGUUUUGAUCCUUUCAUGAAUAUGGUUAUCGACGAAAGUAUUGAGGAGUGUAAGAAUGGUACAAAGAACAACAUUGGGAUGGUGGUGAUCCGUGGGAACAGUGUGAUAAUGUUAGAAGCAUUGGAUCGGAUAUGAAUCUUACCAUUUACUAUCCACUUAUUUUAAAAAAUACCUGUAAUUUAAGACACGAUUAAAUACAAUUUACUAAAAGGUGUGAAUGUAACAUUUAUUAGUUAUGUACUUUACAAAUUCUGAUAUUGUGUUAUGCAAACAUAGGUAGGAUUCCGUACAUCACUUGUGACAAAGAAUAUCCAACACUAAUAGUGUUAAAUCAUUACUGAAUAAUAUUCCAAUGUGACUGUAGCUUUAUAUAUGAUUUUACUAUGACAAAUCAUUAAGUAGUAAUAUUAUAGUCCUAUUAAACAAAAAUCAUAAAUAAACUUGAAACUCAAAUACCAUAUUCCUCUUAUAUAAAGAGUAUAGGUGAUACGAAAUAACAUUCAUUGUUCAGUAUUAUACUACAUAUUUCAUUGCGUAGACAUCCCAAACUACAGAUACUUUGUGACGCAAAAACAUAACGUUCGAAUAUGUUAUACCAUGUGUCAUAAUUUAGAAUUUAAUCGUCUUCUUACAUGGCUCACUUUAUUGGUGUCAUUAGAUAUUGAAUGCAAUAUAAGGAAUCUAUCUUUUUGUAUCUAGUACCAUAAACUCUACAUGUAGCAAUUAUAAUAAUCACAAGCAUAUGGCAAAAGAAAAUAUAUGAGUCACUACUUCAAAA